AUGAUUUUCAACAUUGAUGAACUCGUUGUACACUUUCCCUAUGACAAAAUAUACCCUGAACAAUAUCAGUACAUGUGCGAUUUGAAGAAAUCUUUGGAUGCGCAGGGUCAUUGUGUGUUGGAAAUGCCUUCUGGUACCGGUAAAACAGUUUCCUUGCUUUCAUUGAUUGUCGCCUAUCAAAUGCAAUAUCCUGAUCAGCAUAGAAAAUUCAUUUACUGCUCUCGAACAGUGCCUGAAAUCGAUAAGGCAUUAGCAGAAUUGAAGAAUUUAAUGGCAUACAGACAAUCACAGGGUUUAGUGGAGGAUUUCUUUGGUAUUGGGCUCACAUCUCGUAAGAAUUUAUGUUUGAAUCCCAAAGUGUCAAAAGAGAAAAAGGGUAAAGUGGUGGAUUCCAAAUGCAGAAAUCUCACUGCAAGUUGGGUUCGUGCAAAGGUUGGUGUCAAUCGCACUGACAAUCAGCAGCAGCAAGCAGAAGAAGGGAACGAUCCUAUGGAGGUAGAUCAGCAACGUCAUGAUAUUGAAUUGUGCAAUUUCUACGAGACUUUGGAAUCUGCCAAUUCACCAAACCCCAUUCCCAAUGGCGUAUACACAUUUGAGGACCUGAAAGCGUAUGGAAAAGAAAUGCAAUACUGUCCUUACUACCUUGUGCGACGAGCUAUUCCAUUUGCAAACGUUGUCAUUUACUCGUACCAUUACAUGUUGGAUCCUAAAGUCGCCGAGCUUGUGUCAAGAGAACUGUCGAGGGAUUGCAUUGUGGUCUUUGACGAAGCACAUAAUAUUGAUAACGUAUGUAUUGAGUCAUUGAGUAUUGAUUUGACGAGACCCAUGUUGGAUGCCAGUGCACGAAGUGUGGGCGUGUUGGCAGAAAGAAUCGAAGAGAUCAAAAAGACGGAUGCCCAGAGAUUGAAGAAUGAGUACACAAAAUUGGUUGAGGGAUUGCGAGAUGCCAAUACAGCCAGAGAUGAGGACACGUUUAUGGCAAAUCCCAUCCUGCCAGAUGAUUUAUUAAAGGAAGCAGUGCCCGGUAACAUCAGAAGAGCAGAGCAUUUUGUAGCCUUCCUGAGAAGAUUUAUCGAGUAUUUAAAGACUCGUCUCAGAGUCAUGCAUGUUGUAGCAGAAACACCUGCCUCCUUCUUACAGCACUUGAAGGAUGUCACUUACAUCGAACGAAAGCCUCUAAGAUUCUGUGCAGAGAGAUUAUCGAGUCUGGUGCGAACAUUAGAAUUAACUGAUUUGGAGCAUUUCAGCAGCUUACAAAAAGUAGCCUCAUUUGCCACGCUGACAUCCACAUACGACAAAGGCUUUCUGCUUAUUCUUGAGCCAUUUGAAACGGAAACGGCUACCAUCCCUAAUCCUGUAUUGCAUUUUACUUGUUUGGACGCAUCGAUUGCUAUCAAGCCUGUGUUUGAUCGAUUCAGCACAGUGGUAAUUACAUCGGGUACCUUGUCACCACUGGAAAUGUACCCCAAGAUGCUCAACUUCCAAGCUGUUGUACAAGAAAGUUACUCCAUGACACUGUCUCGCAAUUGUUUCUUGCCUAUGGUCAUUACGCGUGGUUCAGAUCAAGUUGCCAUCAGUUCCAAAUUUGAAGUACGUAACGAUCCAGCUGUAGUGCGUAAUUUUGGUCAAAUCAUGGUCGAGAUGUCAAAGAUUGUCCCUGAUGGCAUGGUGUGUUUCUUUCCUAGCUACUUGUAUAUGGAGUCCAUCGUGUCCAUGUGGAACGACAUGGGUAUUUUGAACGAAGCGUGGAAGUAUAAGCUAAUCUUUGUCGAAACACCUGACGCAGCAGAAACGAGUCUGGCGUUGGCAAACUAUCGAAAGGCGUGCGAUAAUGGUCGAGGCGCUAUUUUACUGUCUGUAGCAAGAGGUAAGGUGUCUGAAGGUAUCGAUUUUGACCACAAUUACGGAAGAGCGGUCAUCAUGUUUGGUAUUCCAUAUCAAUACACAGAAUCCCGUAUCCUGAAGGCUCGUUUGGAGUAUCUGCGUGAUAAUCUGCAUAUCCGCGAGAAUGAUUUCUUGACAUUUGAUGCCAUGCGACAUGCUGCUCAGUGUGUAGGGAGAGUCUUGAGAGGUAAAACAGACUAUGGAUUGAUGGUGUUCGCGGACAAGAGAUUUGCAAGAGCGGACAAAAGAGCCAAGCUACCCAAGUGGAUCAAUCAAUAUGUCACAGAUACAUCUACCAAUCUGUCAACUGACAUGUCUUUGGUCAUUGCCAAAAAGUUCUUGCGAUCCAUGGCACAACCUUAUGAAUCAAAUCAAACAGGCGUAUCUUUAUGGACUGCCAAGGACAUUGAAAAGCACACUUCAAAGUAA